GAAGAGGAGGGGAGUAGCACUUUGACAUAAGAGAGGAGUACGAAAUAGCAAAAGCAAUGCUAAAUCAAGGGUACAGCUGAGACUGGGCAAGCAAUUGGCUAUUUGAUUUACUCAAGCCGUUCCACCACUAAUAACACCUAAUGAAUAUGUCAGUGUCUGCGUUGCACGAAUAUGAAUUUGAAAAACAUUUUAAUGAAAAUGAAGCAAUUCAAUGGAUGCAAGAGAACUGGAAGAAGUCAUUCCUGUAUUCAGUGCUGUAUGCUGCCUUCAUAUUUGGGGGUCGGAGGAUAAUGAAACAACGAGAAAAAUUUGAACUGAGGAAACCGUUGGUACUCUGGUCACUAAGCCUUGCAGUGUUUAGCAUUUUUGGUGCCCUUCGAACCGGUACGUACAUGGUAGUCAUUUUGAUGACUAAAGGGCUAAAGCAGUCAGUGUGUGACCAAAGUUUCUACAAUGGGCCUGUCAGCAAAUUCUGGGCUUAUGCAUUUGUGCUCAGCAAAGCACCAGAAUUAGGUGAUACAAUAUUUAUCAUCCUUAGGAAGCAGAAACUAAUUUUCUUGCACUGGUAUCACCACAUCACUGUCCUGCUGUAUUCUUGGUACUCCUACAAGGACAUGGUAGCAGGCGGUGGCUGGUUCAUGACCAUGAACUAUGGUGUGCAUGCAGUAAUGUACUCCUACUAUGCCCUACGUGCUGCUGGGUUCCGAGUUUCCCGGAAGUUUGCUAUGUUCAUUACACUGACUCAGAUCACACAGAUGUUGAUGGGCUGCGUAGUUAAUUACCUGGUCUUUUCCUGGAUGCAACAGGGCCAGUGUCCAUCUCACAUGCAAAACAUCGUUUGGUCCUCCCUCAUGUACCUCAGCUACUUUGUGCUGUUCUGCCAUUUCUUCUGUCAAGCAUACAUCAACAAACAGCGACAAAUGGCAAAAAUCAAAUAGCAGACAAUCAAAACAGAAGCCAUGAACUCAGGGGCAAGAAAAAACGAAAAUGGCACAAAGAACCAUACAUAUCCAGUGAAGUUACAAGCCAGCUUAGAGACAGUUUGGGGUAAUAUAGUCAAAUGAUCGGCAAUGAGGGUGAGGAUUCGUCUGAAUAUCUUCUCACUGAGCCAGUCACAAAAGUUUCACAGAGCUGCAUAUACUGCUCGUUGCAGGGUUUUAACAGAUACAGCAUUCCAGGAUUUCAGCUGAUGUGGAUCCUAAGGGGUUCUGCUGUCCAUACAGCAAACAUAAGUUAUUUUGCGCUGUACACCAUUUCAUUUAAUUCUGUGGGCAAUAAGCUACAGAAUUUGUUACUGUAGCAUACCGUACUAUUGCAGAACCAUGAGCAGUAAUAUGUCCUGUCGACACCAUGGAUUUAUGAAGCUGGAACUCUGGCUGUAGGAAGGGCACAGAGGUUGUUCUUAUAAAACAUUAGGGGAAGUUGAUAUGAUUCAGAGUGUACUGCAACUGAAGUUAGUAUUAUAUUAAAUAUUGUUGCGUACGCAUAGUAUUUCAGCAUUCCAGUUAAUCCUCAUAUUAGAGUGAAAGAUUAACAUGAAUUUCAACAAUCCAGUAUAAAAAAGGUGCUUCAGUGGAUAUCCAUUACUAAUUGUAUACUGCUUGCCAAAUAUUCCAUAAAUCAUUGUAAAGCAUCAGAGUUUUGUGGCUGUCUUGCAGAAAAAUGUUGUGUUAAAUCAAUGUUUGCUUUAUUGUUUUUUGAGUUGUAUCACCACAGGUGAUCUAACCAUUCACCAAAGGAAAGUUUAUGAUUAUAUCUACAAUAUAAAUGCCAAGAAAGUAGUUAAUGUAAAAAAAAAAAAAUGAAUAAUACUUUAGAAAAAAAAAACUGUGUACAUGUUUGUUACAGCAUUCACUUGCUCAAGAAAUCUGUUGAUGUUUUGUAGUGCUGUAUCUGAAGUGUAUUAACAAGUUCUGACACAAUUGUUUAUGGAUCGGGUAUGUUCUGAACACCCUCUAUUGCUUUUGUGGAUAAACUUCACUGUAAUAUACUUUAGCUUUAGGAUGUUGCUAGCUGUCAGCAACGCUUUAGUUAAAAGGGCUUUUUCAAUUUUAAGAUACAAUAUAGCCCAUGUUUCAGAUACUGAGAACCCUAACAGCAUUGUUUUCUGUUCUAAAAAUAUAUCCCCUUUAUUGCAAUACAUUUCUAUAAUUUUAAUGUUUGCAAAAAUGACUAUGCUGAGUUAUCUUUUGAAAGAAUAUUUCAUUGUAAAACAUAUUAAAUUGUGCAUCUUAAUAUUAUGUAAAAGGAGUUGCAAAUUAUGGGACCAUAUUGUAAAAGAGCCAUAUAUGUGUGUAGCAGGAUUCAUUUGUCAUUGUUUGAAGUGUUCUUGCCAACCCUUAACUGAAACGAAACAUGAAUAAUUCCUUAACCCUGAGUAAAUCUCCUGCUGUAACAUUGCAGGGCUAGUGUGUGUCUAAAGUCAUACAGUAUAUUAUCACAGCCUAGCUUUAUAUCGAAUAGAAAAGAAGAUUGGGACUAUUUAAGUUUAGAUAUUUAUAGGAGGUAGAACAGACGUUUUUAGUUCAGAUGUUCCUCACAAGCAUGCCUCCUGUUAAGAACUGAUUUGUCUGUUGGUCAAACACCCAAAGUUACAGCUUAAUGGUUAAUGAAUGGCAGGCGUUGUAUUUAUUUUUGUUUUGCACAUCACUGUUGUGUGAAGCAUAACUACAGCCAUUCAUGUUUAGUGCUAGAAGAAUCUAGUUGGUAGACUGAAAUGUUAUGCUACUUCUGUAUGAAGCGCAGUUUACAUUGUUUCUUGUACAAAUAGACAUUUUUGCUAAGCAAAAUAUUAUUUAUACAUGAACUGUAUAUAUAAAUAUGUUACAGAAAGUAGGGAAGUAUGAUUAUCGUGGAACUAUUAAAUUAGCUGACUUUGUUUCAUUAAUAGUACAUUUGCAUCUACAUUUUGAGACCAAGUUAGAUUAGUGUGAAUGUAUAUAGCAAGGAAAAUACAUAAUUUGGUUUAAAUGAACUGUAGAAUUUCUUAAUAAUAACUUAAGCGGCAGACUUGGCAAUAUGUAUAACUAAAAAAUUAUGUACCUAUUCUGUCUAUAUCAAGUGGAGUGAUGGAGUUUCCAGAUGUUUUUCAACCUUCCUUUUUUCAUGUAAAAUAAUGUUAACCAUUACUGUGACAUUAUAUGUUAACUUCCAUUUUUGGGAAGGAAAAACCAAGUAGCUGUCUAAAUGGUAAUAUAUGUUGCUAAAUAAAAAGGUAUUCAAACACAUAGAUUUAUGAUAUGGUUACAUACCAAAACAGUAGCACAACAUUAUUGGUGCCACAGAUGUGUGUACACACUGGCUCACUCUGCACACUUGUUAACUGUAUGCAUCAAAGUUGCAGACUGAAUGUCCAUUUCUUAGCCAGCUGAAUGAAUAAGAAAAAUUUUCAAAGUAGAAUCCAAUCUCUUUCCACCAGUACUGAUACCCAAAGAAGCAACUCUGACACUGUAGGUGCAGUUGAUCGAGGAAUAUGGAUGGAAAACUUUGCCUCUAGCUCUGAAAGCAUUCAGCUAAGAACUAAUAUUUCACUUUCUAGAAUGUUCACUAGACUUGCUGCACAUCAGCAUUGUGGACUGUGUAGUACAUAGACUGGCUAAAUAGAGCAUAGGCAAACCUUGUAUGCUGAAUGGUACUGAUUUGUUGUUGUUGCUUUUGUUUUCUGAGCAGGCAAACUCCAGAAGCAAGUACUUGGUGACUGCGCACAGUGUUUUGUUCUAGAACUAAAAGGACUAUAGAGGCUUGAGCAGUGCUACCAUUGAACUGAUAUUAUCAGAUGUAAUUAUGUUUCUAAACAUGUAAGGCACCAACAGUAGGGCUCCUUGCAUGCCAGCAUAAACUCUGCAACAACCACACUUAGUGUAAUGUUUGGCGAUGGUAGAGCUGCACAAAUACGCAGCAGCACUCUUCUGAGUCACUGUUGUAGUUUUCAGUUUGUGGAUUGAUGCCCUCUGCCAGAUCAGAUGCUCCUUCUGUUACAUAUUCAUAGUACAUGUGCUGCACUAAUCACAGCAAAUUAAUUUCUGGUAGCAUGCACUUUCCCUCUAUCAGGCCCCUGACCAUGCAAGUAGGUUCUUGGUAAGUUCCUUCCUUGACCUAUUUAGCAGAUUACUCCAGGGUAACCUCCCUGUAUUCAUAUGUGUUUGCCCUUUUUAAGACAGUCAAUUUAUGGUAAUCAAAUGGUAGUUGAAUUUUUACUCAUCUUUUGCUGUGGUCCUCGACAUUCAGUGCCAGUCAUGUUCUCCCAAAGUAUCUUGCACCACCUAAUAGUCAAUUUGGGGAGCAUAAUUUUGUAACACUUUAUUAUAUCCUGUCAAAAGAUAAAACAGUCCCUAUAAAGGCACAUCUUUAUUAUGAAGAAAUAUAAUUUUGUAAUAAAAAUUUAAUUAUUAGCUGCUUGUGUUUAUAUAUAAAGCAGCUCCAUAUGUUAUAUAAUUUUCUUAGGCAUCAUCUCAUUUUUUUUUUUUUUUGCAUCGUGUACAGAAUUCCUUUCUUAGACUGUAACAUUGAGUUUUGCAUAACUAUAAGUAUGCUGACAAGUAAUCCAUGACACAUUAACCAAAACAUUUGUACAUUUUCACAGAUAGUCUCAUGCCUCAUACUCUAGUUACGUAUCACCUGUCAUGUACAGUCAUGUCAUUUUAUCACUGUAUGACAUCAGUAAGUGCAUAUAUGUACCAACCACAACACAGUCAAGUUCACAGUAAAUGUAAGAUCUACACAGAAGCAGUGCCACUUGCAUUUUAUUUCUUAAUUGAUUUUAUGGGUAAAAUCUUGUAUUUAUCCACUAUCUGGCCCUUGUGAUCAUUUCAAAUCUGAUGGCAGUUUAUUCCAUUCUGCGUUAUAUUACAAAGCAGUGUCAUAUUUUCUGCUCAUGUCUGUGUGUCUUCUAUCAUAAUUAGUUGUUUGUUUCAUUUAGCUUCCACAAAUUUCUUUAGAUUCUUUAACAUUUACCUUUACAUUUUAGAAUCUGACCAUAAUUAAGCAUAUCUUAACAUGAUCAUAUUUGAGUAAAAGAAAGAAACAUAUAAAGGUAGCAGUUUAUUUCCCUUAAACUUGAGGUUUGCAGUAUUUGAUGGACUUCAUCUGCAGGUUCCCUGAACAAAUGCCGUGGCCAGCUCAUCUGGUGCCUGGUUCCUCUCCCCAGUUUGGCAUCUCUCAACUCUUAAGAUGAGGGCCAAAAAAAAAGGUCUUGUAUCUGAUAUGGUAUUCCUCCCGUCUCUCCUAAGGAGUACCAUGUCUUCUGUGUAUCAGCAUCACAUUGGCAUGAGUAAUAAGAAACC